AUUAUGCUGUAUUACCACUGUGUACGGCUGAAAGGCGAACCUGUGGCUUUCUUUUGAUUCUGGGUAUAAUUUUUGUGUCCUACAUUAUAGAAAAUGAGUGCGGACACUCUAAGUGUAACCAGACAUAACAAUUCUUCCGGAAAAACUCUGUUAGACAACUGGGUUGAAGAGAGACAAACUGAACAGUUUGAUAAAGCCGGUGAAGUCGAAAUAUCUGAGCUACAUAAGCAAGGACAUAAGGGUAUCCUGACAACAGAUUUUAAUGCUGAAGCAGAGAGAUUAUCAACUGUCAGAGAUUCAUACAGGAAACCAGAGACACUUGGAGUGCGAAAGAUUGGUUUGAGGCAACAACUUCUACAGGAAGAGCUCUACAGACAAGUGAGUGCUGAAGUUGAUGAAGAAUUUAACCUUCCACCUCCUACAGUGGAAUAUGUUUCCACAACCAAGAAGGAUUUUUCAAAAGAGUUUACUCCAAUAGUAAAAGUACCAACACGGGAUCAUGAUGUCAAGACAGAACAACCUGCUACCUUUUGGCUGGAAAGAUCUGAAGAAGUUCAUGGUGUAUCUCAAGUCAGGACCAAGGACACGCCAUUCCGUAAAAAUGCUGCCUUUAGUACCCCAAUAGAUGAGUACAAAGAUGCACCUAAGCCAGGAGAAGGCUGGAAAUUUUAACACGAUCUUUCCCUCACAGUUAAUUAUCUAUGUCAAAAUUGUAAAUAUGUUAGACAAAAUUAAUUGUCUGUUUAUAAAAUUGUAAAAUAAUAAUCAUUAUGUUAAUAAUGACUUAGGUUUUGUUAGCUGUAUAACUUUUAUGGUAGUUUGUAGUUUCUGAGAGAGCUUCAAAUUUGAGUUUAAUAAAUUGAACUUGUUGAAAAAAGAAAUUACCAUUGUUCAGACAAAUAUCUCUUGUCUGGUUUAAACAUGAAAGAAGGAAUAGUAGGGAAAACCCACUGUCCCUUGCAUUAUCUUUUAAGAAAGAGACAUUGAAAAGGCUGUUAUGAUGAACAACUGCAUAGAAGAAGCCAAGGAUGAAAACUCUUAGCGUCAAGAUCGACAAGCACAUUAGCUGGCACAACCACAUCAAACAAUUAAUUGGGAAGCUGAAUUCUAGAAUUAAUCUGCUAAAAAGAGCAAAUGGCUACCUUGACCUCCACUGCAGAAAAUUGUUAUUUAAUGCACUUAUUAAGCCUGUCUUUGAAUAUUGCUGUUUGGUUUGGGGUAACACCCGUAACAAUCAAAUGCUGAGAAUACUUAGAGUGCAGAAAUGUUGUAGUAGGUUAAUAUUAGAUGCUAGUUUCCAUGAUAACUCGGCUCAAAUGUUCAAGAAACUACAGUGGAUGCCAAUUGGUGAUGUAAUACACAUGAAGAAAUUAUGCAUGAUGUUGAAAAUUGUGAAUGCAGAGUGUCCGCAUUAUUUUACAAGCUAUAGAACUUAUGUAAAAAACACCCAUGCUUAUAAUAUACGAGCUUCUUUUCGUGAUCAUCUGGCCGUGCCGAAAUGUCGCUCCAACACUGGCCUUCUAACAUUUCAUGCGAGUGCCACUUACUUAUGGAACCGUCUCACGACAAAUUUAAAACUAUUACAGAUGAAAGCAACUUUUAGAAACUUUUAGUGAACAAUUUCUUAGAAAGUAAUUCAGAUCGUGAACAUUUUACUAUCUCUAGAAUGUUUUGAAUACGUUUAUGUGCAUGCUGUUCUUGAUAAUCUAGUUUUAUAAUUCUUCUUAAUACAGCUUACAAUGUAAAUGACUGGGUUACCAGGAAUUGUGUUAGCAAUUAAAGUUUAUUUAUUUAUUUGG